ACACACUGUACCUCGAGGUCAAAGACACGCGACUUCGGACUUGGACUUGUAAUUUUCUCGAGGCCCUUCGACCAAUGCUACUUAGUGGCCCGCGCCUUGAUUUCUCCGUGUAAAUCUUCUUUGUUCUCCGCUACAGACCUCGGCCUGGUCCUCACGCUUGACGCCAACAGGAGCUUCAACUUGCGUCAGACUAGAGCCUCGAGACAGGGCUGCGCGCGCAUCAGCAAUUUGGGGCACUUGUUGCGACUCCCCUCGCUUUCGAAGCAUGCCAACUCGACCAUAACGGCCCUGUACUUGUUGUCACCAGAUUGCGACCGAAUCGGCCCGGGUUUCGGUGAGGUUGGCCGGUUGCGACGAGAUGGAUGACGACCGGUUGUCGGCGAGCUCGGGCGAGUCGGACCACGAGAACGGCAACGAGCAUGAGAACGACGCGGACGAGAUCAUGGAGGACGCGGAAGACGUUGGGAACGACAACGACCCCGAUGCGGACGACGACGAGAACAACGACGAUGAGGAGGACGACGCGGAUGGCGAUGGGGACGCCGACGGGGACGCUGAUGGAGACGCCGACGGCGAGAACGACGCGGAUGGAGAGGGCGAGAGCGAAAGCCAGACGGUGAACGCAAGGACAAAUGGCGACGCAAAAAUCAAGACUGAGCCCGAUAGCCAGGUCAAUGGCCAGCCUAACGGUCUUACCAACGGCGACGCGUCGAGAGUCAAGUCGGCCACGCCCGCGCCUCCGCCCUGGCUCGCCCGGUGGCCCGUCCCAAGCCCCGAGGUCAUGAACGCGCGCUUCUACGAUAUUGUCCCAACUAUGGCGGCGCCUCAGUCGACGAGCGUCAACGCGAUGGCCAUUACGCCCGACCUGCGGUACUGGAUCACUGGAGGCUCCGACGGGUACAUUCGCAAGUACGACGGACCCGGCACCAUCAACGGCAAGUCAGCAUUGACGGUGGCGCAGAAGCACCCCUUUGUGGACAGCGUCACGAAGGCUGGUAUUCUCAUGUCGUACUGGGAAAAUGAGGAGCCCGCGCCUCCAGGUCGCGGUGACCAGGAGCACAUCCUGUCGCCCGUCUACUCGCUCGCCGUUCAAGCCGAAGCGCUCUGGCUUCUCUCGGGACUUGAGUCUGGAGGCAUCAACCUGCAGAGUGUGCGGCAUGACGAGGGCAAGCGUAUCUGUUGUCUACAGCAGCAUACCAACGCGGUCAGCGUCUUGACCCUGGCACAAGACGAGAGGAGUGUGCUCAGCGGCAGCUGGGACAAGAACAUCUUGGACUGGGACCUGAACACGGGCCAGACUCUCAGGAGUUUCGAUGGCAGCGCAGGACAGAUAUCAGCCAUCGAGCUACGGCCGGCGAACGGGGCCCCAGUUCCAGAUGAGGCUGAUGAACCCCUACCAUCCACGACUAUAGUGACCAACAACGCCCUACCGCCAGUGAAUGGAACUUUCACAAACGGCGUCACCGAAACCAGCGUGGCAGACUUCACCCAGGACUCCAACUCCGGGAACAUGGACGCCCAGGGGUCGCCCGCUGACGGGAGUCUAUUUGGCGGAAGCGACGCGGGGAGCCUUUUUGGUGAGACGGCGGGAGACCAACCAUUUGGACACGACGAGGAUGAGUACGGCACGAACGCUAUGGGCAUGAUGCCGGGCCACGAGCAUGACAGCGGUAUGGACCACUCUGCAGACAUGGCCAUGGCGAGCCUUCGAGAUCCGGAGAAGGAUCCAGAGCCAGAUACAGCACCGGCUAUACAACUACUUGCUGAGGCAGACGCAAUGGAGGUAGAUGCCCCGUCGUCACAGCUUCUGGGGGAAUCGGAACCUGCGAUUGCGUCCCAUAUCGAACAAUCAUUAGACACGAGCCAGGGGCAGCAAGAUCAGCCAUCUCAAAAUACGGAUGGGGGCGACGCAACUGCUCUGAAGAGAUCGCAAUCUCCAUCGGCGUUCCUUGUUACCGAUCCGCCAACACAGCAGCAUGAUCCAACGCAGACAUCGCAGACGACCUUUCUUUCAGCGGCGAUUGACGGAACACUGCGCAUCUGGGACCGACGGGUGCCGAACCCCGUGGCGCGCAUCGACAACCGAGCGGGCGUGCCUCCUUGGUGUAUGGGAGCAUGCUGGAGCCCCGACGGAAACAUGGUCUACGCAGGACGGAGGAACGGCACCGUCGAGGAGUUUGAUAUCCGCAAGGCGAAGCGAGGAUGGGAGCCUGAGCGCGUGUUGAAGUUGCCGGCGGGCAGCGGAGCGGUGAGCACGGUGCGGCCGAUGGUCAACGGGAGACAUUUGGUGUGUGCGUCAUAUGAUAUUCUUCGACUGUAUGACCUGCGCGAUACUCGAUCUUACAAGCACUCGAGUGUCCCCUUCCUCAUCAUCCCCGGUCCGCCCAGGGCGGGUGUCGUUUCAGGCCUGUAUAUUGAUCCAACUAGUAGAUUCAUGCUCAGCUCGGCGGGGACACGAGGCUGGGAGGGUUCGAGCACCGAGGUGUUGAUCGGGUACGAAAUCAACGUGUCAAAUCGAGAAUAACGUGUCAGAUUCGCCGUGGCAAGCGGGGGCGCAAAUGACGCGGGAGAAGAGUUCAUUGCAUGGCAUGUAUCGAAUGGUUUGGGUUUUGGACACGGCGGGUUCUUGGAAAGCCGGGUGUUGGGCGUCUAGACGUGUAUUGAUGGGAAACUUGGCCGUGGAGUUGGAGCAGCGCAUAUAUCCCCGUUUAAAGUAUAUGUUUACCAGGGAGAGGCGCGUUUCAAGGGAUGCAAUGUGUAUGACGGAGUGUAGCGUUUAGUUGAACUCGGCCAGUCAAGUCGGCCAUGGUCUAUAUCAGUUCAGCAUGUGCACAGGUGGAUGUGGUUUUCGUAACAG